AUGAAGAUAGUUGAAAAUCUCGUGAGCCAAUUGUCCGAGUGUCGUAAGGAACAUGUACGGCGAUGGCUUGAAUGUGCAGACAGCGAAAGGUCACAAGCACUGUCCCGAGACAAGACCACCUGGGAUGCUCGCGUCACCCUUCCCUUCUAUUCUGCGGGUCGGAAACCUGCCGGAAUGCUGGAAAAACGGAGUGACGAACCCUUGCGGCAAUCAUUCCUCGUGAAUAUCAUCUUCAUAGUGAAGGGAAGAAGCCCAAACCACAGAGGUGUGCCAAUGAACGCGAAAGACUUACAGUGCAGGAUGAAGAUCUUAUUGGUGGAUGACAACCCGGUCAAUGUCCAGCUGGGCGCACGGCUUCUCGCUCUGCUCGGAUUCCAAGUCGACUCUGCCACCAAUGGCUAUGAGGCGGUCACCAAGGCCUGUUGCGGAUCGCCGUUCGAUCUGAUACUGAUGGAUUGCCAAAUGCCGGGCUUGGAUGGACUGUCAGCGACCCGAAAGAUCCGCGAAUACGAGUCACACCUGCCGAGUCCCGGGCGCAGCCGACCGGUGCCAAUCAUCGCCCUGACCACCAACGUGAGCGAGGCGAAUAAGGCGGACUGCAGGCGGAGCGGGAUGGACGGCUUCUUGCCCAAGCCCUUGCAGAUCAAUCUCUUGAAAUCAACCCUCCAAGCUUUCCUCGCUUGA